AUAUGCCGCGGGAGCGGCCCAAAGAAAUAGCAAAAAGACAAAAAAAAAAAAAAGAAGCUGGAGGAAAAGAGUUGGCCCACGUGAAGGUUGAGGGCAGCUGCUUUGUGAGCUGGAGGGACCUUGGGCGUGUUAUUAACAGUCGCAGGCGCAGGCGCACCUCAUACAUACAUAUGACCUGUAUCUCUCUCCAUCGCUCCUUCCAUCUCCCUGCCCCACCCUCACUGCCUGACGGUUUUCUGCCCGACAGAAAGGAAACCCAAACAUGCAAUGGUUCAUCCAUCUCGCCAGAUUUAAAACCAUGGACUUGGAGACCCUGAAGAACUGAAUGGUCCCUCCAGCCCCCCAGGCCAACCCCAGCCUUCACCCUGCCCCUCCCUAAGGCCUCGGGCCAGAGCAGCCUCUCUUCACACUCAUGUCUGUAGCUUAAGUUGAAGUUGCUGGGGCCCCGCAAGGGCAGCGACUUGCCCAGCAUCUCAUCAGCAUCAUCCCUACCUGACAGACAAGGACCACCGGGUUCAGAGUGGCUGAGGGCCUCUCUGAGGGUCCCAGAGCUGGUAACAGGGGCAGACCUAAGGUUCAGACCCCAGCCUGCUGGGCCUCAAACUGUGCCUUCUAACUUCCUUUCUUGGGCCUAAGACAUCUUUGACAGAUGGUUUUGCUCCUGGAGGGAUUUCUCUCUGCUCUCCAGGGACAAGAAGCGCAUAGCCCCAUGCUCAUCCAGGCUAUGCAGCCCUUCCUGUGUCCGUCUUUGGGAGAGGAGCCACGGAGGCUGGCUGCAGAGGCCUUUUGGCCUCUGGGGAGCCCUCUGGUGGCAGCCGGGACAGGGGUCUCCCACACAUGCUUCCUUUUCCACCCCAUCCUCCCAUCUCUGUAAAAGGUAGCUUUAUCCACACAAACCUAAGAAUGUCCCUGUUUCCCGCCUUGCCCCUGCUCACAGGUGCAGUCCCUUGGGGAGCCCAGUGGGCGCUGGUCCAGGACCUACUGCAGACCCGUCCACCUCUCCCGGGUCCCCCUCCCCCAGCACCAUGGUCCAGGCCACCGUGCUCUCUUGCCCAGACUCCUGCAGCAGCCCCAAAACUAUCGCUCUGUUUAUUAUUCACUCUCUUCAUUCCAUGCUCUGCACAGCAGCCAGGGAGCCCACCGAAGAAACAGAAACUGGAUCACCUCAUUUUUCCAGUGCUUCCUAGGUCUUCCUGGAAAAAAUACCAGAUGCUUCACACACUUUGACCUCUGCUCCACUCUCUCUGACCUCAUCUCGCUCACCCUCCCCUUUACUCCCUCUGGUCUGACCUUUGCACCUGCGCUUCCGCUCCCUGGAGAGCUCUUUCCUGGGCUCAUCCCAUGGACAUCAUUUUCGUGGCAGGUCUAUUGUUACCUCCUCCAGGCAGUCUUCCUGAUGAUAGAUUGAAAGAUCAUCCUUGUUUUUCUUUCUCUACCAAUGCAUCUUGGCUGAUUUUUCUCAGAGGACACCGACCACUUUCUGGAGUUUAUGCAUUUGUUUUCUGUGGUCUGUCGCCCCUCUCCCCCCUGGAAUACAAACUCCAUGGGACAGGGACCUGCCUGCUGUGGGUUGUUGGCCACAGAAUCCCCGUUGAGUGUUGGGCCUGAUGUGAUGACUGCUUGUUUGAGAGGAAGGAGGAAGGGUGGAUCUCAUCAGGACAUGGCGUGUGCCCGGGAGCCAAGUCCUGAGUGGGUGGCGACACAGGUUACUCCAAGGUCUGGUCUUGUAAGAGAUGCCGCUGUUGGGACCAUAGCCCCAAAGCCCCACCUUCCCAACUAUGCCCAGCUGCCCAUGAGUCAGCCCCUGGCAGGACCCCUGGGAGAGUUGGUAUUCCCAGGGGAGGGGGCCUUUUCUGGGGAGGCUGGGACGGGCCAGUGCCCCCAGGGAGCCCAUCUGACAUAUUAGCCCCCUUCAUUUCUGAAGGGGUUCUAGAUGCCUGACCAGCCUCUUCCUGGGAGGCCUCUGUAGUCUGCUUACUGGGCUGCACCAGGACCAAGGCGGGCUCCUGGGGCCCCGAGGGUCUCCUGCUCAUUUUGCCUCGAAGCUGACCUGUCGAGAGCACAUCUGGGGUGUGCUGCUAAGUGCACUGCAUGCAUUGCAUGGUCCUGGCUCUUGGUCUCAUCCCUCUCAGAAAUGCCUGGGUCCUUGCUCUUGGAACCUGGCCAAACCCUUUCACCUCCCUAAGCCUCAGUUUCCUACUCUGCCAAAUGGGAGAGUAACCUAUGUACUGUGGACUCACUGGGACAGCUGUGAAGGUCAGGCGCUUAGAGGCACCCUGGUGUUUGCUGGGCUGGAGGAGGGAAGAUUAAGGCAGUUUCCUCACCUCUCAUCCUCAGCUGCCAUUAUUCCUGAUGGAGAGUCAGACCCAGCGGAGGCCGUUAGAGGCUCGCACACUGGGCAGCUCUACGUAGCCAUCGGGGGUGUGGAUGGAGGGCUGGGAACAGGGCCUGACUAGGGGCACUUUUCUAAUCAUGAGGCAGCUGAGGGCCUAAGAGAGAGAGCAGCACCUAGGACCAACUGGAGCUGGGCCCAGUGUCUGCCUCCCACCCCCUGCUGGCCCCAAGGGUUACACGCCAGCAUCCUUGCCAAGUGUCACUAAUAGGGUGGAGGAAAUGAGGCCGGAGCGGGUGGGGAGCAGGAGGAGGGCGGGCCGGGUGGCCUGGAUUUUCAGAACCACAAGGAACUGCUGGCGGGGGUCGCUCGGUCUCCCCCCAGGCUCCCAGACCCUUCUUCUCAACAGUGGUUUUUUCUUCCCCCAAACCUCAGUCAGUUCUUGGGCCCUAGGCCUAAGUACUCUGAAGGUUGAAAAGAAAGCUGAUUCCUUUAGAAACUCCAGCCCCUGCUGACAGGGAGGGCCUGCCUUCGCUCUGCUCCCUGCGAUGGGGCUGGGGCGGUGGGUAACCGGCAGAGUGAGAGCAGCUCCCCGCCAGGCUUCAAGGCCAGCCCCGGGGUGUUGGUCUGUUUUGUUCUGUGUCCUAACCCCACCCAUCGUGUGGACUCUGCUCACUUAGGUCCUGAUGCGUCCCGUGUGCUUCCAACCAGAAGUGGUUCUGGAAUAGGUGCUAGUUCUAAAUACGGCGAAGGCCCCCGCCUUUGCAGAGUUGAUCUCCAAGACAGAAUCGGUUGACUUCUGAAUGUCAUCGAAACCAUUGUUGAUUUUCUCAAAUAAAUGUUCUAUUUUGGAAUAGUUUUCUGUUGACAGAAAAGUUGCAGAGAGAGUGUGCGGAGUUCCCGCACGUACCCCUCCCCAGCUUCCCCAUCGUGAGCAUCACACGUUACCAGGGUACGUCGGUGAAAACUACCAACACAGCAAUGGUCCGUGACUCCUGACUGAGCUCUAGACUCUAUGUGGAUUUCCCCGGUUUCUCCAUUAAUGCCCUCUUCUAGGUUCCAGUCCAGGGUACCACACUGUGUUUAAUUCACAUACAAAUUUGUUCCUCCCCCCUUUUUAUUUUAUUUUUUAUUUUUAUUUUUUGCCUUUUCUAGGGCCGCACCUGUGGCACAUGGAGGUUCCCAGGCUAGGGGUCAAAUCGAAGUUGUAGCCACCAGCCUACCCCAGAGCCACAGCAACACAGAAUCCGAGCGGCAUCUGCAACCUACACCACAGCUCACGGCAACGCUGGAUCCUUAACCCACUGAGCAAGGCCAGGGAUAGAACCCACAACCUCAUGGUUCCUAGUCGGAUUCCUUAACCACUGGGGAACCCCCACACACUUUUAGAUGCUAAAAUGGGAUCAUAGACUAUAUACCAUUCUACAGGCUUUUAGUUCGAAUCUCAUCUCUGCGUUAGUCCCUGCAAACCCACCCCAUUCUUCUGUAGCCGUAGAAUAGGAAGGAUUGGAUAAGAGCUGGAUUUCUCCAUGAUAUCUUAAGAAUGACUGUAUUGGAGGGGUGCCCACCUGCACACACAGAGGCCCACAUAGAGGGCAUCAGCUCAUGCCCAGCAGAAGCCACAUGCUGGGCAGCAGGGCGCCUGGCGUGUGGGAAGCCCUGGCAGAUAUUUGCUCGUGUGAAGUGACUGAGGAAUGAACAAAAGUCACCGUGGGAUGGAGACGAGGGUGGGGGGGAGUCAGGCUUUGAAGAAGGGUCUCUCUACCUGUUCUUUUUUCAUUUGGUUUCUUGGUAAAGGGGUCCAAAUCCUUGAAGUCAAGCAACGUCUUUGUGCUGAGCUGUGAGUACACUGGUGCAGUAGGUCCCCCAAGACAAGUUGCCCCCAGGCCAUUCCCCGGGGCCUCUGGGACUGGUCUUUGUGUGAUGGGACUUGUCUCUUCUCGGCUGCUCUUGACCCUUCAUGGCUUUGUGACCAGGGCCCUGACUUGUCCCCCAGGAAAAUGCCUGCAUCCUAGGCCUGUGUUGCCGUGUGUCCGUGUAUAACUUCCUCCUUCCUUUCCCAUAUCACCUCUCCAGCCUCCAUCCCUCAAGAGCGAUGUGAAUAUUAUCUCGGCUUUUGUCCUUGGAUUGUGGUCACCAGUUUGGGGUCACACGGCUUCCAGGAAACAGUGCCUUUCUGCUGGAUGACGAGAGGGGACGGAGAUGGAAGUGGCGGUGGGGUGGUGUGGCACUUCCAGGCUUCUGAUGUAGACAAGAGGACUCUGCCUUCCUUCUCCUCCCACCAGGGUCCCAUCUCAGCCCUCUGCACCUCCAGAGCCCCUGCUGUGGGCACUUCUGACCUGUGCGGCCGCUGAUUGCUCCUCCCCUCCUGCAUGGAUGUUGGAGAUGGGCAGCUCCAGAGACGCCUUCAUACACUCACCCAACACCAGACCUUUGCCGAGCACAGUGCUUGUCCAGUAGAACCUUCUGUGAUGCUACAAACAUUCUGUUCCGCCCUGUGCACCGUGGCAGCCACCAGCCGCAAGUGGCCAUGUGGCAUUUGACAUAUGUAUAGCGCAACUGAGAAACCAACAUUUAAAUUUCAUUCUAUCAUAUUGCAUUUUUAUUUAAAUAGCCAUUUGGCUCUGGCGGUGGUUGGGCAGCACAGGUCUGGAGCCCUCGCUGGCGGGCCGUGUGCCGAGAGCCAGGCUGCUAAAGACCCUCUCCCCAGUGCCUGCCAGGAGCACUCAGGCUAGGGAGUGAGGCACAGUCUAGAGCUGGUGCCAGUGUCUGGACAGAAACCAGCCUGGGGUCUCUGGGAGCGAGCGGGCAAACUCACCCCGGGGUCAGGAAAGGACCAGCACCAGGGAGGGCUUCCCUGAGAGCCGGGAGCUAGCUUGGCGAGAAGGGGAAGGGCUCGCCAAAUGGAGGCACAGUAACUGCAAAGACCCUGGGGUCUGAGAGAGCUGGCGCCAUCCUUGUGGGAAGCGUUUGCAAAGCACCUGGUCUGGGAGGAGAUUGGUGAGGAAACAGGGCUGGUUCGUGGAAUCUCCACGAGAAGAGUGGAGGGCUUGGGGGUUUAUUUGGGAGAUCACUGAAGUGUGGGUGCCUGAGAUAGAGAAAGAAAACAGGGAGUUCCCGCUGUGGCCCAGCAAGUUAAGAACCCAACUAAGAUCCAUGAGGACGUGGGUUCCAUCCCUGGCCUCACUCAGUGAAUUAAGGAUCUGGCGUUGCUGUGAGCUGUGGUGUAGGUCACAGACAUGGCUUGGAUCCCUGGUUGCUGUGGUGUAGGCCGGCAGCUGCAGCUCUGAUUCCACCUCAAGCCUGGGAACCUCCAUGUGCCCCAUAUGUGGCUCUGAGAAAAAAAAAAAAGAAAGAAAGAAAGGGAACACUAGGAUUGUUUGAAGGAAAGAAAAACUCCUCCCAGUGAGACAGCUGGACUCAUGGGGGGAUGGCUGGAGGAUGAGACAGGGCUCUGACCUGGAGCACGGCCUGGAGGGUUGGGGGCCUUAGGGAGGAGGGAGUGAGCAGGGGAGUUUAGAGGCAGGGCCCCUUCCCGGGGCAGCUAGAGGCACACACGGUGACCGUCCCCCAACCCCCCCCCACACACACCACCCCCAGCCCCAUCUGCAGGCUGAAAACUAAAAAAUCACAGCUUCACGUUCUGGCUGCAGCUGGGGAAAUGAUUUCAGAGCCUGCUGGCAGGGAGCCGUUUUUCUUCUUCAGCGAUUUCCCCAUUGGAAGUUGCGAAAGGAAGUGGAAGCGCUGGCUGGGAUCGGCGCUGGCAGGGAGAGUGGGUGAUGCAGAGGCUGGAUUCCAGGGCCGCAGCCACGGGCCACAGGCUCCCCGAAUAAGCUCUUGCUGGUGGUGUGUUUUGAACUGAAGAUGCAGGCGGCGCCGGAGAUCCUCCGCGAGCUCACGCUGGAUGCCCUGCUGGACAUGAACGAGGCCAAGGUGAAGGAGACGCUGCGGCGCUGCGGGGCCAGCGCCGAGGAGUGUGGCCGCCUGCAGUAUGCGCUCACCUGCCUGCGGAAGGUGACAGGCCUGGGAGGGGAGCACAGAGAGGACGCGGGCUGGAGCUCGUUGGACGCCCGCCGGGAAAGUGGCUCCGGGCCUUCCGCAGACACCCUCUCGCCAGCCAGCCUGCCCUGGCCCCCGGGGAGUGCCCAGCUGGGCAGAAUGGGCAGCGGUGCCCAGGGCCCACGCUCCAUCUCCGUGUCAGCUCUGCCCGCCUCGGACUGCCCAAACCCCAGCCCCGGGGAGGGCCUCGCAGACCCCUGCAUCUCCCUGCAUGCCAGCGGCCGGCUGACGCCCCGCGCCCUGCCCAGCUUCAUCACCCCGCCGACCACGCCCCAGCUCCGACGGCACACCAAGCUGAAGCCGCCCAGGACGCCGCCCCCGCCCAGCCGCAAGGUCUUCCAGCUGCUGCCCAGCUUCCCCACGCUCACCCGGAGCAAGUCCCACGAGUCUCAGCUGGGAAACCGCAUCGACGAGGUCUCCCCGAUGAGGUUUGAUCUCCCGCACGGAUCCCCACAGAUGGUACGAAGGGACAUCGGGCUCUCGGUGACACACAGGUUCUCCACCAAGUCCUGGCUGUCCCAGGUCUGCCAUGUGUGCCAGAAGAGCAUGAUGUUUGGAGUGAAGUGCAAGCAUUGCAGGUUGAAGUGUCAUAACAAGUGUACAAAAGAAGCCCCUGCCUGUAGAAUAUCCUUCCUUCCACUAACCAGGCUUCGGAGGACAGAAUCUGUCCCCUCGGACAUCAACAAUCCAGUGGACAGAGCAGCCGAGCCCCAUUUCGGAACCCUCCCGAAAGCACUGACAAAGAAGGAGCACCCUCCGGCCAUGAACCACCUGGACUCCAGCAGCAACCCGUCCUCCACCACGUCCUCCACGCCCUCCUCGCCCGCGCCUUUCCCAACAUCAUCCAACCCAUCCAGCGCCACCACGCCCCCCAACCCAUCGCCUGGCCAGCGGGAUGGCAGGUUCAACUUCCCAGCUGCCUACUUCAUUCAUCAUAGACAGCAGUUUAUCUUCCCAGACAUUUCGGCAUUUCCACAGGCAGCCUCGCUCCCCGACGCGGCCGACAGUUCCCGGCUUGAAGACCAGCCCAAAGCAGACAUGUCAGGGGAUCAUGAAGUGGAGGCUGAGGAGCCUGAGGCCAGCAAGUCGGAGGCGGAAGACGACGAGGACGAGGUGGACGACUUGCCCAGCUCCCUCCGGCCCUGGCGGGGCCCCAUCUCUCGCAAGGCCAGCCAGACCAGCGUGUACCUGCAGGAGUGGGACAUCCCCUUCGAGCAGGUGGAGCUGGGUGAGCCCAUCGGGCAGGGCCGCUGGGGCCGGGUGCAUCGCGGCCGCUGGCACGGCGAGGUGGCCAUCCGCCUGCUGGAGAUGGACGGCCACAACCAGGACCACCUGAAGCUGUUCAAGAAGGAGGUGAUGAAUUACCGGCAGACGCGGCACGAGAACGUGGUGCUUUUCAUGGGGGCCUGCAUGAACCCGCCUCACCUGGCCAUCAUCACCAGCUUCUGCAAGGGACGGACGUUGCACUCGUUUGUGAGGGACCCCAAGACGUCGCUGGACAUCAACAAGACCAGACAGAUCGCCCAGGAGAUCAUCAAGGGAAUGGGCUAUCUUCACGCCAAGGGCAUCGUGCACAAAGAUCUCAAGUCCAAGAACGUCUUCUACGACAAUGGCAAAGUGGUCAUCACAGACUUCGGGCUGUUUGGGAUCUCCGGCAUCGUCCGAGAGGGACGGCGUGAGAACCAGCUGAAGCUGUCACAUGACUGGCUGUGCUACCUGGCCCCCGAGAUCGUGCGGGAAAUGACCCCCGGGAAGGACGAGGACCAGCUGCCAUUCUCCAAAGCUGCUGACGUCUACGCAUUUGGGACUGUGUGGUAUGAGCUGCAAGCCAGAGACUGGCCUUUGAAGAACCAAGCUGCAGAGGCCCUGAUCUGGCAGAUUGGGAGCGGAGAGGGCAUGAAGCGAGUCCUGGCCUCCGUCAGCCUAGGGAAGGAAGUCACGGAGAUCCUGUCCGCCUGCUGGGCCUUCGACCUGCAGGAGCGGCCCAGCUUCCCUCUGCUGAUGGACAUGCUGGAGAAACUGCCCAAGCUGAACCGGCGGCUCUCACACCCCGGGCACUUCUGGAAGUCUGCUGAGCGCUGGCGGAGCCGCUACUACGGGAAAGGACGUUUCGGUCACCUUGACUUUAAGAACAACUGUACCGUCCUGGAGGAAUACAUUAACAGCAGCAAAGUUGUACCCCGGUUUGAAAGAUUUGGCUUGGGCGUCCUGGAGUCCAGUAACCCAAAGAUGUAGCCGGCUGUGCAGUUUUUCUGCUGAUGUAUUUCUUUCUUAAAUGUGUUUCUGAAACAUCCAAAUGACCACCGCGACAAAAAAACAACAACACUCUUUGAAAUGCCAGCCAUCCUCCUGAGCGCUGCAAACCAGGAACUCGUGUCCUCCGUUUACGCUGUUCCUCCGCAAAAACACUUGGAGCCCCGAGAUGGAGCUGCACCUGCUCUUUCUUAAAAUGACACCACCACCAACAAGAGGCAAAUGUUUACAUGGGUGUUUCCGCAGAGUUGGACAGGAUGUUGUACAAUAAUACAAGUGGCCCGCAUAGAGGUCGCUGGCACCCUCAGCCGGGAUGGCAGAAGUAACUGCCCCUCUGGAGGACCCCGUAGGCCGUGAGGCACCCUCUCUGGGCCAGAGGAAGAAAAGCAUCGUGACUGUGGCUGUUCUCCGGGUAGGACGGGAGGCACAAGGUUUGACCCAGCCUCUGUGUUGGUUCUAAACGCCAUCAGUGGGGAAUCGCCAUCUGUAGGCUUCUCCCCUGGUCCUCCAAAGGGAUGCGGUCCCUCCUCUGGCAAAGGAAACCCUGGCUGAGCGCUGAGCUGGAUUAUGAGGGUGGGGAGUUCACAGAGCGCUUGGAUUCACCUCUGACCCCUAUAAUCCAGGAAAAGCACAGCCAGACUCCAAAUGACAUCUAGGCUGAUCCAGUGGUUUCCAGCCAGGGUUUCCUUUGCCUGUGGAGAUGUUUCUUUCAUGAAGCCCCCAGGGACUAAGAAUCUCAGCUCUUAAGAUACAGCCCAAUCCUUGACUGACAUUUAACCCCAGAGCUAAGGCCCAGCCCAGCAGGUGCAUUCCAUGAAGGCCUUGUCUGUGAGAAUAGAGAAGGGAGAGGGAGGGAGACGGGGCAGAGAGGGUCCCUGAGCCACCUUCUCAACCACGGAGUGCCCUGGCUGUCUAAAACCCAUCAUCAGUCAUGCCAGGUUUCCAGAACUGCACGCCUUCUCCACCCCUCAGUCCUGCUAAAGCCCCUUAGCCCACUCCUGACUCCUCCUCUGCCCGGGUUCAGAGCUCUUAGCGAAGGUGGGCAGCAUACCCCCCCAACCUCUUUCAUUUAGACCCACCUAGCAAGCCCCAACCUGCAGGGCCUUCCCAGGCACAGGUCGGGGCUUCUGCUCCUGUCCAUUUGAACCAAAGGAGGGAAAGUCCAGGAUAUGUGUCCUGCCUGUGUCCUCAUUAUAUGCUGUCACCUAGAGACAAAUGUUCUAAGUGGCAAAGCCCUACAGUGGACGUGAUGUCAUAUGGCACUCCAAAGCCAUUAAUGAGCAGGGGCCUUGAAAGUGGAGGGGAGUUUGGCUUCAGAUCUGGACCCUGUGUCUGGGCUCUGAGACAGGACGGGAAGCAUGCGACCCUCCCACCCGCUUCACGUAAACACAUCUGGCCAGGCCCCAGACCUUCAGAGCCUUCCCUGGGGUCUGGCCAAAUUAUCACGGGAAGUGGGCGGCUCUGCCUGGAAGCUGCGGGCAGGCUGGAAGGACCCCUUGGUGGCCCUGCUGGGAGGGCACAGCUGAGCGGCCCUGCAGCGUCCCUGGGCCUACGCGCCCAUCAGCGCCUCGGCCCUUCCCGCUCAGGGUGUGGGAAGGAAGACAGAGGAGCCGCAAACCAGUGGGACUUGGCUCUGCGGGACCGCACGUUUCUCUCCAUCAUCCCCUUGGCCCCCGCAUCUCACAGGCAAAGCCGCCUGGCGUGUGACUCCGCCUCUGGCCGUCAGGCUCCUCCCCCACAAGGCGGAGCCUUCCCAGAGGUCACAGCCUGUGCUUCUCACAUUUCCCCUCUGAACCCUGGGGCGCGCAAGUGGGCCCAGAGGUGGGACAGCAGCUGAGCAAGUCAGGCUCAACGCACAGCCCACAGAAGGUCACUUGGGUUUGUUUCAUUCUCCGUCUGGGGGGCCACACCCUGGGGUCAGUUCAGGAAGCUUUCACUGAGCGCCACUGUGCCCUGUGCAAGCGCUGGGGGCCCGCGAUGGGAGCAGCCACAGUGCCUGACCUUAGGGAACCCUGAGGGUGGAGCCGGGGGACACCCCUCCUCUCUCCAGGGCCCUGAGAUGCCUUGCUGCUCUCGGCCUGAGCCUCUGCACUGUCUGUCAUUUAAGAGAAAUGCCUGGGAAGCGGCCCCAUUCCCCCGUGAUCCCCCUCCCUGUCUGUUUCAGCGACUGUGAAUUGAGGUUAGGAAGGCAAGCUCGCCCUUCGUGUCCGCUCCCUGUCUGCCUUGGAAACACAUGAAGGACGGCAGAUACUGUGAAUCCAGCCCUCACAGCCCACUGUGAAAGGGAUGGAGCAGCUGGGAGGUCUCCUAGGUUGAGAGCUGCGGGGGCAGAGGGAAGCGGGGCUGCAGAGCUCCCCUCCGGGUCUGGGGGUGAAGCCCAAGCUUCAACCCUUCAGCCCCACCCCCACCCCACCCCCUACUUCCCCGCCUCACCUCCAAAACCCUAGGAUCUGUCUCUGCUGCCUUUAGCCACCAGACCCCUGGGUCUCCAUCCAGCUCGAGGUCUUGAAUCCUAGCAAGUUCUCGGUCCGUCGUGAGACGUGUGUAGCAAAGCUGACCUCUCUGUGUCACCAAGUCAAAGACAUGUGCAGGGCCUGGCCUCCCUCUACCCGCUCAUGGCAUUUCUUUCUGUGAUCACCCAGGAGAGUGGCCCGCCCUAUGAGGCCAUGCUGGCAGUGGUCUGUGCGGAUGUGGGGGCCAGGUGGAGACCUAAAUGUGAAGCCGUUUGGGGAGCUAGUGUGAUGCUGCCCGUCAGCCAGGAUUUCAUCUGGGGGUGCCAAGCCGGCGUCUUCUGUGGCCACGAGGCACACACUCGCUUUUUUGAAUGGGAUGUAAAGUUUGUACAGUAAAAGUUUUUAUAUUUUCUAUCAACCACACUUGUCUUCCAGAAAGGCUAUUAAUUUAAAUUAAAAUGGUUAGUAUUAA